UGUGCUGCUUUAUUUAUCAUUGCACUUUCUCUCUGUUUUUUUAACACUUUAAGAGAAACAGAGCAAACUCUGCUACUUGCUCUGACAAUUCACAGUUGAGAAGAUCACAUAAAAAAUUGGUAAAUGAGAGAGAUGGGUUCUAGGAAUUUUCUUGAUUUGGUGGCCAAGAACAUUGAUGUCAUUGCUGGGCCUCUGAUUGCUCUUGUUUAUCCUCUGUAUGCUUCGAUUAAGGCUAUAGAGACCAAGUCCCGUGCUGAUGAUCAGCAAUGGCUUACCUAUUGGGUUAUGUAUUCUUUGAUGACCCUGUUUGAACUUACAUUCGCCAACGUCCUUGAAUGGUUCCCAAUCUGGCCUUAUGCUAAGCUGAUUGCUACAUGCUGGUUGGUCCUGCCUCAGUUCAAUGGAGCAGCAUAUGUUUACCAGCACUUCGUUAGACCAUUUUACAGGAGCCCUCCAACUUCAAGAAUCUGGUAUAUCCCCGGGAAGAAGAAUAUAUUCCGCGAGCCAGAUGACAUUCUUACGGCUGCAGAGAGAUAUAUUGAAAAGAACGGGACUGAAGCAUUCGAAAGGCUCAUAAGCAGGGCUGAUAGAGAAGCAAGAGUUAGAAGGAGUGACUACAUGAUCUUUGAUGAUGAUUAUAGAUAUUAAGUUGUGGUUCUUUAUAUAAACUCUGGUUUGUCAUGUUUCUUUUUCUGCUCAUAUCCGUCUCUUCUGUGUUGAAUUUCUUUUUAUGAUCAUAUCCAUGAUUUAUACAUUAUGUAUGACAAGUAAUCACGGAUUGCCUUAAAUGUUUUCAUAUUCAUGGCUUGUUCAAUUCUUA